AUGAACCCGAUUAAUCCCAAGACCCAAAACUUCACCCUCAUCGGAUCUAAUGGCACUACGUUUCAUAUAUCCCUGGUAAAGAUCGAUGGGCAGCGCAUGCGGCUUGCCAACAUCUGUAUCAGCUACGGGGUGCAGCUCGGGCUGAGUCUGAUGAUGCUCUUGACGCUAUUACUCCUGGUCCCAGUCUCCAAGAUGCGCAAGGCUAUCCACGUCGUGCACAUCACGAGCCUCAUCGUGGCCGUCAUACGACUGGUGCUCCUGAUCCAAUACUUCCCGGGCCCGCUGUCGGAAUACUAUGUCGCAUGGACCCAGGACGUGAAGGCGCUCGGGGUGGAGGACUAUGGCACCAACACGGCAGGCAACGCCUUCAAUGUCGUGCAGUUUGCGCUCAUCGAGACAGCCCUCGUGAUGCAGAGCUGGGGCCUAAUUCAGACGUGGCCGGACCUGUGGCAGUACGUUGUCAAAGCGACGUCGGUCGCGCUGGCGGUGGCCACGGUCACAGUGAAGAGCGUCUGGGUCGUGCGGCAUACAUGGGCCCUAAGGGACAGUACAUUGCCCGUGCCAUUAGAUGCCGUCGGUGAAGCGGCAACCGUUCUGGGAGCCGUGUCGAUAUUUUACUUCUGCGGCAUCUUCUUCAUGAACUUAAGUGUGCAUCUGGCUACUACGAGGAGCAUCCUGGUGAGAACGGAAAGGGGUCUCACGAGCUUGGAGAUCUUGGCAAUCGGAAAUGGGCUUCUGAUGGUGCUUCCAAGCAUCUUUGCAGGCCUCGAUAUCGCUACCGGACUCAACGGCGCCCGCGUUCUGCCCUUUGAUGCUGGUUCGUGGGUUAUGACCCUGGUGGUCAUCGGGUUGCCCUUGACGGGACUAAUCGCCAGAUACCGCGGUCCAUCAUCCCACAGUCCGUCCAACCGAGUGUCACAUCGAUUCUCACUAUUUGCGCACGCUCCAAUUCUCGACUCGAAGAUCCAUACCUCCCAGACUGCGAACACUACAUUGCAAAGUCCAACGGGUACCAGCUUCGUGGUAUCUGCAGAAGCGACGAGGCCUGAUUCUUCUAGAAGUGGGAGAGAGGGAUCACGACCAAAGUCCAGUAGGUCGAGUCCUACAUCAGAUGGUGAUCUGGAGUCGGGGAUACAGGUGCGGAAGGAUGUGUCCGUUACUGUUGAGGGAACUCCGGGAUCGAGUGCGCUGUCUGAGCCGGAAGACAAAAGGUAG